CUGAGGAUUUCCACACCCUCCAUAUUUCCUCCUUCUCUAAAGAAUGAGACUUGUAGCUUGUUCUAGAAAUUCUCUUGCAAGGAGACGAAGCUCUGUGGAGACAUGUGAUGGAAAACCAGCUUCCAGAUAACAAGGAAACACAACCUUUUCUGUAAGUGGGAAAUGGCAGAAUCUACAGUGGAGGUCCAGCAUCACAAGCAGUUGUGUUCCAGGAUCAUCACAUUACCCACAAGAGGAGGACCAGUUCAGAACAGCAAUGUCUGGAUGACAAACUGAAGUACUUUAUAGGUAAAUGACAGAUCUGAAAAUGGACAAACCAAUAAAUCUGCCUUCAAAUGUGGAAGAGUGGACAAAGGACCAUGUAAAACUCUGGGUCACAGAACAACUUAAACAGGACUCAUCUGUUGGAGACAUUAUUUACAAUCAAGAAGUAACAGGGGAGAUCCUAAAAGUAUUAACAAAAAAAGACUUAGUGGAGAUGGGUAUCAAGCAUGGUCCGGCUACAUUUAUAGUUCAUCACUUAAAAAAACUCAAUGAAACUUGCAAAGAUGCCCAGCAGAGCAAUCUAGGGGUUAAAGAAAAAGGUACAGAGGCAAAACCAAAAAAAUCUAAAUCCAAAAAGAGCACACAUGUCACACUAGAAGAAAGAAAAAAUAGCACAGAAGACGAGUCAGAGAAUAUAUCCAAAGAAUUAGGAAAUCCAAACACAGUCCCUGCUGAAUGUUCUUAUAGUCCCUCCAAAACAACACCAUGCUCUUUUGACUGCACUCUUGCAAAUAAAUGUUAUACACAGCAUAAUUUUCUUCCACCUGAAUCCGGGAAAUCUAAUUACAUCGACCCAGUACAUGAGUACAAGGAGUUCACCAACACAGAAAACGCUACGAAAGAAGAUAAAAAAAUGAAAUUUUGCAAUGAAGUCUUUAGGUUUUCUGCUGCAUGCAUGAACGCCCGCACCAAUGGCACUAUCCAUUUCGGAGUGCGGGACAAGCCCCAUGGAGAAAUUAUUGGUGUUCAGAUUGAGAACGGUGAAACAUAUGUCAAUUACUUAAAUCAAAUGAUGAACAAAUACUUUGAGGAAAAUCAAUUGGACUUGGCAAAACAAUGUAUCCGUCCACCUCGUUUUGUCCGUGUACUGUGUCAGGACAACACAAAGUCUGAUUUGUUUAUUAUAGAAGUUGAUGUUGUUCCUGCAUAUGCGUAUUGUCACUCACAAAUAUUCCAUACGUAUGAACAGGUUUUCAAAGACAAUAACUGGAAAAAGAGUAAAGAAAAAUGUUGUUUUCUAAGAGAUGGAUCGAGCUCUAAAGAUAUGCUGGCAAAUGUACAACACAAUGUGGCUGAACUGAAAUCAUUUUACACUCAAACAAAAGACAGGGAUGAUGCCCGAAAAACAGCUGAAGACAACCAAAGAAAAAAUCUAAGGAAAAGCAAAGAACAUGGUUCCACACUUGCGAGUUUACUAACAGGAAACAGAGACACCCUGGACAACUCAUACUAUAAAUGGUAUAUUCUGGUUGUGAACAAAUCUCAGGAAAGCCAAACAAAGAACUUAGACUUCAUGCAUGAAGUGCCUUGGUUUGCAGUUUUGGAUUUUGAUCCAGAGUCGAUUACCAGCGGUUUAUGCAAAGCUUUCCAAGAAAAAAGGAAACCUAGUUUGCAUGAUCCAAGCCAAUACAAAAAUAUGGACAAUGUCACAAAUGAAAAGCUGGAAGAACUUAAACUGUAUCAGAAGACCGCUUGGAUCUUCUGUAAUGGGAGAAUGGAUUUUGAGGAGAGUCAAGACUACAAACCCUUAAGUUACAAGUUAUGGCAAAAAGAAAAAGCAGCAGAUGUGAGACAAUUGGUAUCUUUUCUUAUCAGGAAAGAUGUAUUGGAAAGAGGAAAAUUCCUCGUUGUGUUUCUUUUACUUUCAACUGUUGAAGACCCAGUUGACCCCAUGAAUGAAGUCUUCAGUGCCUUUUACCAGGGGCUUAAUGGUAUGACAGACAUCCUGUGCAUUUGUGAAAGCGAAGAAUCUUUUCAAAGCUGGAGAGGUUUGCAAACUAGACUAGUAAGUGAGGAGGAAAUGGAAAAAAGGUGCAUCUACAGCUUGGACAUUGAAAAUGUAAAUGGGACCAUUUUAAAACUAAAGUCUGAUACUCGAUCAUCAAGCAGAUUCUUGCCAUCACAUAAUGGAUCUUCAACCAUAUUACACAGGAAAGAUGAAGAUGUGAUGGCUUCUUUAAAUAUUCUUUGUGCCAAUGAGUGUCAUGACACGGAGAUGGAGAGUAAUGAGCCCAAAUUUAAAGAUUUUAUAAAGGCUCAAGAAGAGCAUUUUUACAAAGGAGGCAAAGCCACAUGGUGGAACUUCUACUUUUCACUGAAAAAAUACACCGGUCCAUUCAUUGAAAGAGAUAUCCAUAAAAAGCUGAAGGAACAGAUUGAAUGGUGGUCUAAAUGUGACAAGCAAAUAAGUGUAAAAAUCAUUACACUGUUUCACUACCCUGGCUGUGGAGGUACCACUACUGCAAUGCAUGUCCUCUGGGAACUACGGGACACAUUUCGAUGUGCAACAUUAAAGCGAAAAACAGAUAGCUUUACAGACAUUGCAGGGGAAGUUAUUAAUUUAGCGGUCUCCGGUUCACCCAAUCGCACAGAUUUUUACCCUGUGUUGCUUCUUGUGGACGAUUAUGAAGAUGAAGAAAAUGUUUUUAUUUUACAAAACUGUAUUCGGUCUGUAAUUGCAGAGCGUUAUAUGAAAUUUGAGAAGCCAGUUGUGAUCAUUUUGAAUUGCAUGAGAUCCCAGAACCCAGAGCAAAGCUCAAAAUUUAAUUGUUCAGACAGUGUUCCCCUAAGGUAUAUGCUUUCUGAGCAGGAGCGAAGAGCCUUUGAAAAAAAGUUAACAGAGAUCGAGGAGAAGUAUGAGAGGCCACAUGAUUUUUAUUCGUUCAUGAUCAUGAAAAGCAAUUUUGACAAGAGGUAUAUUGAAAAUGUGGUACGAAAUAUACUAAAAGGAUUAAACAAUGCAAGCAAGCAAGCCCAACUCAUUUCCAUUCUAGCCCUUUUAAACAAAUAUGUAAAGGAUUCCACAAUUUCUGCAUCAAUGUGCGAAGAAUUCCUUGGCAUAACAGCAAAGAAAACAUAUUGGGGUUACGAGAGCAUAGAAGACACAAUGGGAGCUUAUUUUACCAUAAUGCUCCGCACAGAGGUGGAAGAAUACGGACGAUACGAAGGUCUACGGAUAAGUCAUCCACUGAUUGCAAAGCAAUGUUUAGAGGAAUUAAUGAACACAUACCAAAUUCAACGAAGUGGUAUCAUGCUAAAUUUGCUGGACUCCAAUGUUUUCCAUAGCAAUGGAAUUGGCAGAGAGAUUCUCUGUCUAAACAUGCAAAGCAUGCUGGUAACACGGCAUCGAAAGGAGCAUGGUGAUGAAACAGACACUUUGUUCUCGCCAUUGAUUGAAGAAAUACAAAAACAUGAAGGCAAUUUAUAUGUUGAAACAGUUUUGAAAGAGGGGGCAUUGAAAUUCAACCUAAACCCCUAUAUCUCUCAAGCAUUAGCAAGACACUUCUACAUUCGAGAGAAAAAAUUUUCAGAUGCAUUUUAUUGGGCAAAGGAGGCAAAACGAAUUUCACCAACAAAUUCCUUUAUUUUAGAUACACUUGGUCAGAUAUUCAAGACCCAACUGAAAUCAAUGAUCGACACUUUAGGUAAAGAGAAAUCUGUAUCUGGCCCAACACUAAAAAGCCUUCUGGAAACAGCUGAAAAUGCAUCAAUUGCCUUCAGAGAGUGCCAGGAACAAACAGAAAAAACAGAGAGAGAAAGAAAGGAAAUUGAACUAACAAAGGCUAGACGCUACCGGGUGUACAAUACAGCAGGUUACCUUGGCCAGAUUGAAGUCUGCCUUUAUACAGUAGAUAUACUUCUACAGUUGCCAUGGUUCAAAUCAAAAGACGUUUUGUCUAGAAAACACCUGAUGCAAUACUUGUCCGGUAAAUGGGACAUUUCCGUCGACAACGUCAGUGAAGAUUACGAAGAAAUUUAUACUGUUCUUAGCGAUUUUACAUCUUUUUUGAUUAAGGUGAACACUCAUCUAAAAGAUGCUUUUGAUUUCUUUCAAGACUAUUUUGUGUAUCUGAAACAACGAAACAUCCUAAAGGAAAGCACAGAGUUUAAAACAAGAGAAAAAAUUUCAGAAUACUAUACAAAAUACAGACGGAAUUUCUGUAACACCGAUCUAAUGCAGAUUACAGACGAAAAGGACACACAACGGGCAGGUGCUUCAAGAUGUAUUGAGGAUUACAGGGUUGGCCUUCAGUCGUUAAAGGCAGACAGGUUCUCAGGUAUUCUGGAAUAUCUCACAGGUCCUGUAAAGGAAGAUAAAAACAUGGAAGCCAUCGUCAAAGCCUACAAAUAUUUACUCCAGAACCGCACAGACAAAUUCAUUAUGAGAGACAAGCAAAAUUUUAUUUUGGCAAAUAUAGUGCUUCAUUGUAUCUCUCCAAAAUCAAGACUGGUUGCACCCUUUGAAACACUGAAAAUGUAUCUCAGAGAGGUUCUGCAGCUUUCUGGCCUGGAUUACAAAUUUCCAGAACCUUACUUCUUGGCCUCACUGUUGUUCUGGCCCCACAACAUUCACCAGUUGGAUUCUGACUCUAAACACAUAGAGGAAUACAUCAUCUCUAUGAGAAAAACUUUCAGAGGUCAGUAUCGGCACAUGUGCCACUCCAAACAGCCCAUAGCUCAUUUCUAUCUUGGAAAACGCACUGGCUUAGAAAGACUAGUUCACAAAGGCAAAAUUGAUCAGCAUUUUCCUGUUUCAACACCUGAUCUAAAUUCUCUGUGGCAGAGUGGAGACAUCUGGAAGGAAAAAGCAACAAAAGAAUUGUUACUUCUUGUAAAUGGAAGGGCUGAAAAUAACAUGAUCUAUGUGGACUGUAGAGGUGAGAUAAAGAUUCCAGUGAGACCAGUUUAUCUCGGACAGCUGAGAAGCGGGAAAAGCAUUGAGCGGGUGUCCUUUUACCUUGGAUUCUCAAUAGAUGGCCUAAUUGCUUAUAACAUAGAAAGCUUAUAAACAAUUAGAUGUAAUGCAAUGCAUAAUCUACUUCCAUCAAUAUCCACAGUCAAAUAUUUCAGCAAGUGAGAAUAGAAUCUAAAUCUUGUAAAGCAUUACAUUUUUGUGAUGAUUUUUAACCACUUGCUGCCGGCCGUACGACUUUGUACGGCCGCAGUGUGGAUCCCAAUUGCCGGGAGGCCGUCUAUAUACGGCCUCCGGCCUCCAGCCACUGGGGGGGGGCGUGCGACCGCCGCUGCGCGUGUGCCUGCCUCAUCACUAAGAUGCCGAUGCGCGUGCCUGGCAGCCGCGAUGUCUGCCAGGCACCCGCGAUGUCUGCCAGGCACCCG